AUGGGCGUUACACCGGCUAGCAAGCCGCAUUACGAAUUCUUAGGACCUCCAGGCGCAGCUUUUAUUGUCUUUGUACUUCCCCUCCUUACCUACGCGACCGUCUUUCUCUGCAACGAUGUCUCAGGUUGUCCAGCUCCUGGCUUGCUGAGUCCCAGCACCCUCACCCUUGACAAGCUCAAAUCACAAAUCCCAUGGCCGGAGGACGGGCUCCUCGGUCUGUUUGACGCAGGAGUAUUUGCUUGGACAUUGUCAUACUAUGGCAUAAGCCUCCUUUUGCACUUUAUCCUGCCUGGAGAGGAGGUUGAUGGAGUUGUUCUGAACAAUGGAGGAAGACACCACUACAAGUUCAAUGCCUGGAGCUCUGCCUGGUUGACCAUGGCUGGCCUGGCUGUUGGAACGGCCAUUCAGGGUGCCGACUUCGUCGUUUGGACGUUCAUCUGGGAUAAUUUCCCCCAGCUGCUUACUGCAAACCUCGUCAUCGCGUAUGCCUUGUCCGCUGCCGUCUACCUGGCUUCGUUCAGCAUCCCACAUCCAGGAGAGCCAAACCCGGACAAUCGCGAAUUGGCCCCUGGUGGUUGUACAGGAAACAUUUUGUACGACUUUUUCAUCGGUCGAGAACUCAAUCCGCGAUUCAGACUGCCUCGCUGGAUUCCCAUUGCAGGUGGCCAAGUCCUGGAUGUCAAAGUCUUUAUGGAAAUCAGGCCCGGGUUGCUGGGCUACAUAAUACUCGACUUAGCAUUUAUCGCCCACCAGUACAAGGAGCACGGCUACGUGACCGACUCCAUCCUGCUAAUCACGUUGUUCCAAGCCUUCUAUGUGUUUGAUGGACUCUACAUGGAGCCAGCUCUUCUCACAACCAUCGAUGUCAUUGCGGAUGGAUUUGGCUUCAUGCUUGCAUUUGGAGACAUUGUCUGGCUACCGUUUAUCUACAGUUUGCCAGCACGCUAUUUGGCCGUCUAUCCACUUUCUCUGGGACUUACUGGUAUCGCUACUGUGCUAGCGAUACAGGGUGUCGGAUACUACAUUUUCCGCUCGUCCAACAACCAGAAGAACCGUUUCCGCACGGAUCCGAACGACCCCCGGGUUUCACACCUAGAGACAAUCACGACCGAGACAGGUUCGAAGUUGAUUGUUUCUGGAUGGUGGGGUCGUGCUCGCCACAUCAACUAUUUCGGAGACUGGAUCAUGGGAUUCUCGUACUGUACACCAACUGGUAUCGCUGGUUAUGUCAUCCACAAGUACACGAAUCCGGUCACCGGAGCUGUGACAAGGGAGCUCACACAAGGGCCAGCACGUGGUUGGGGCAUGAUUUUCACGUACUUCUACAUCGUUUACUUCGGUGUUCUACUCGUCCACCGGGAGUUGAGGGACGAGGAAAAAUGCCAGAAAAAGUACGGUAAGGACUACGAACGCUACUGUAAGCGGGUCAGAUGGAGAAUCAUUCCUGGGAUCUAUUGA